AUGGACUUCGAUUUUCCACCACGAAUAGAGAGAGCUAUUGAUGAUAAAGUACCUCAAGGUCAUCUGAGGCCGCUUGGUUUUCAACGUCACACGGACGGACCGAUCAGCCAAAUAGAAGGUAUGCCAUCACCGGAAGUAUUUUACAAGUAUAUUGAUGAUAAUAAACCAGUGUUUAUGGUUGGAGCCAUCGCAAAUGUGUCUGUCGAAAAAACUUGGGAAAAAGAUGAAUAUUUAAAAGAAAAAUAUGGAAAUAUAAACGUUACGGUAACAGCAAGAAUUGACUAUGACAAAACGGGCAGGAAAAAAAAAAUCUUGAUGCGAUUCAAAAAAUUCCUUCUUGACUAUUUGUAUGAAGACUGGUAUCUUGCUACGACCAUUCCAAUAGAAAUGGCCAGUGAAUUAACAAUCCCGCAGUGCUUGAGUUGUGGCUCAUACUUCGAGCGACUCCAACAGGCAGAAUUAUGGAUUAGCAGCGGUCCAACAAGCACAGAUCUGCACAGUCAUGAAAACCAUAUUCUCCAUUGCCUGAUCUUUGGAAGAAGAGACUUUACUAUCAUCCAAUCAAAAUAUAAAAGUGAAUUCGAUUUUAAACACGAGUAUCCGACAUCUGCAUCUGGUCAUUCGACGCUAAACAUCAAUCGAAUCAACAUGUUUAAAUAUGAAGGUGUUGCCAAUGUUCCAUGGAAAUAUGCGUCAGUCCGGAAAGGAGAUUGUAUAUUCAUACCUGCAGAAUAUCUUCACCAAGUUCGUUCUUAUGGUCGUGCAAUUUCCUACACCAUAACAUUUGCUCCUGCAAUCCAUUUUGAUCUGAAAGGUUGCCAUGGAGAUGAAAUCAAAAAAACAUUUAGACUUAGGGAUGCCAAUUUUGUGUGGACUUACGUUGAUGGUCAUCAACAACUUGUCAAUACUCGAUUCAGUACAGAAAGUCUGCAUAAGAUUCUUCUUCAAUUGCUUGGAAACAAGAAUAUACUUAACUACCACAAAUUUGACCAUUUUUAUGAACAAUGCUUAAAACUGAAUGAUGACAGGCUACCAAAUUCUGUUAAUAUCUAUCUAUCUAUCUAUCUAUCUAUCUAUCUAUCUCAGUCCGUUAAUUAUCUAUCUAUCUAUCUAUCUAUCUAUCUAUCUAUCUAUCUCAGUCCGUUAAUUAUCUAUCUAUCUAUCUAUCUAUCUAUCUAUCUCAGUCCAUUCAUUAUCUAUCUAUCUAUCUAUCUAUCUAUCUAUCUAUCUCAGUCCAUUCAUUAUCUAUCUAUCUAUCUAUCUAUCUAUCUAUCUAUCUCAGUCCAUUCAUUAUCUAUCUAUCUAUCUAUCUAUCUCAGUCCGUUAAUUAUCUAUCUAUCUAUCUAUCUAUCUAUCUAUCUAUCUCAGUCCAUUCAUUAUCUAUCUAUCUAUCUAUCUCAGUCCGUUAAUUAUCUAUCUAUCUAUCUAUCUAUCUCAUCCGUUAAUUAUCUAUCUAUCUAUCUAUCUAUCUAUCUAUCUAUCUAUCUAUCUCAGUCCAUUCAUUAUCUAUCUAUCUUUCUAUCUCAGUCCGUUAAUUAUCUAUCUAUCUAUCUAUCUAUCUAUCUAUCUAUCUAUCUCAGUUUGUUCAUUAUCUAUCUAUCUAUCUAUCUAUCUAUCUCAGUCUGUACAUCAUCUCUUUAUCUAUCUAUCUUCCACCUGCAGGCUAAAAAUGCACAUAGCUUUUCUGUCAAGAAUUAUUGCCUGUAUCAUUCUUUCUUUCCUAUUUUUCUUUCUUUCUUUCUUUCCUUCUAUCUUUCCUUCUUUCUUUCUAUCUUUCCUUCUUUCCUUCUUUCUUUCCUUCUUUCUUUCUUUCUAUCUUUCUUUCUACCAAACACUCAUUUUUCGAACACCACCUUCGUUCCGUCAUCACUCUCCACAAUUCGAUGUUCCUCUUACACUCUUAAUAAUUCUUUCUAUCUAUCACGCUCAUCUUCUUUCUUCCCUCCUCUCUUAUCAAAGCUUACCUUCUCCACACCCGUCGGUUACCGUGUCCUCCCCCUUUCGUUUUCCCCCUUUAUAUGUUUCUCUUUUCUCUCAUUCUGGCCGUAG